CCACCCCCUUCUGUUGCAGUGCUGCUUAGCCCGGCUGUCAGUCUGUCUGGGAGCUCCCCUGAGUGGCUGUGGGCAGCCCAUUGCCUGGGCUUGGUCUCCGCCCUCCCUCCCUCUCUCAGCUGGUCCUAGCGUUCCAGUUGCUCAGGAAUGUGGAGAGCUGGGUUCUGGCGGCUAGCAGGAGCCGGAGGGAGGAAGGGAAGCUGAGCGCACGCUGCCGCCUCUGCUCUGCCUGAUCUUCCCCUUUUGGAACCGUCGUUUUCUUUAAAUGAAAAAUACAAACCCUACCGAGCUGGUUCCCAGCCGCGCCACCACCAGAAAAUGUUCGGCCAAGUGCCAGGCGCCGGUGAAUAACUAACCCCAGACUAAAACUUCCCUGCCAGUGGGAUUACAGGUGCAGCACUGCCGCAGGGAGCUCUCCAGGGUGCUGACGUCCCGGCAGUUUCCUCCAACAGCUCCCAAGACUGAGCAAAUUUCCUAGGCACUCUUUCUGGAUCUUCCAUGACUCGGAAACGUCUGCUCUGGAGGUUGUGAAUGCCUCGUAGUAACAUGGCCAAGGUUAGAUACCUUCGUGCAGCUGUUUCGGGAUUUUAUCUGUGGGAAGCUGCAGUUCUGCUCAGUUUGGUAGCCACAAAGGAAACAGACAGUGCAAGAUCUCGUAGCAUGCCAAUGUCACCAUCUGAUUUCCUGGAUAAAUUAAUGGGUAGGAUGUCAGGCUAUGAUGCAAGAAUCAGACCAAAUUUCAAAGGCCCUCCAGUUAAUGUCACAUGUAACAUAUUUAUAAACAGCUUUGGAUCCAUUGCAGAGACAACCAUGGAUUACCGAGUGAAUAUCUUUCUCCGUCAGAAUUGGAAUGAUCCACGCCUUGCAUAUAGCGAAUAUCCAGAUGACUCUUUGGAUUUAGAUCCAUCCAUGUUGGAUUCUAUUUGGAAACCUGAUUUGUUCUUUGCUAAUGAAAAAGGUGCCAACUUUCAUGAAGUUACGACAGACAACAAGUUGUUACGAAUUUUCAAAAAUGGAAAUGUUCUUUAUUCUAUCAGAUUGACUUUAAUACUGUCCUGUCCAAUGGAUCUCAAAAAUUUCCCAAUGGAUGUGCAAACAUGUAUAAUGCAGCUGGAAAGUUUUGGAUAUACAAUGAACGAUCUAAUUUUUGAAUGGCAAGAAAAGGGAGCUGUACAGGUAGCAGAAGGGCUCACACUACCACAGUUUCUGUUGAAAGAAGAGAAAGAUUUAUGUUAUUGCACCAAACAUUACAAUACAGGAAAGUUUACAUGCAUUGAAGUCCGAUUCCAUCUUGAAAGGCAAAUGGGUUACUAUCUCAUCCAAAUGUACAUACCGAGUCUCCUGAUUGUCAUUCUCUCCUGGGUGUCGUUUUGGAUCAAUAUGGAUGCAGCACCAGCCAGAGUGGCUUUAGGUAUAACAACUGUACUGACCAUGACAACACAAAGUUCAGGUUCACGAGCAUCACUUCCAAAGGUUUCAUAUGUCAAAGCUAUCGACAUUUGGAUGGCAGUAUGCCUGCUCUUUGUAUUUUCUGCACUUCUGGAGUAUGCAGCUGUAAAUUUUGUGUCAAGGCAGCAUAAAGAGCUUCUGAGAUUCCGCCGGAAGAGGAAGAAGAACAAGUAUUUUGGGGGAGUGCUUGAUGGAAAUGAAAUCAAUGAAUCAUUGCAACGUAGCAAUGGCUUGAGAAGUGCAGAACCUAUAGACGGGAGUUUGGCUCAAAUCUACAGUACAAAUUUAAGGGAUGAUGAGGUAAGGGAAAGUCGAUUCAGUUUUACAGCCUAUGGAAUGGGGCCAUGUCUGCAAGCAAAAGAUGGAGUGACUCCAAAGGGGCCAAAUAAUCCCAUUCAAGCUACACCAAAAAGCCACGAUGAAAUGAGGAAGGUAUUCAUUGACCGAGCCAAGAAAAUUGAUACAAUUUCCAGAGCUUGCUUCCCAUUAGCCUUUCUGAUUUUCAACAUUUUUUAUUGGGUUAUCUAUAAAAUCAUUAGGCAUGAGGACAUUCACCAAUAACAAGAUUACGGCUUCUAGUAGAUACUGUUUGGGCUGGCAUGUUCAGCAGGAGGUUUUCCAUUACAAAUGUGCAUACAGAUGCUCACUGGGAUAGUUAAAAGGCACAAAGAAAAAGAUCCCAUUUGACUUGCUAUGCAAAGUCACUAUUGGACAGAUGAAGAAUGACACCCAAUGAAGAUAUAUCUGCUAUUACUAAGUUUCUACUUCAUACUAACUUAUCAAUCAACUUUUCCAUAGUAAAAUCACAACAUUAUGCUACAGCUUUACUGCCAACGUGUUUAUACAUACUUUUACAUUGUGGUAUAAUUGUACAGUAUUCUUUAAAGUUCCUUACACUUUUUUAAUUCAACUGUAUUUUUAAAGGAUAUUACAAAAUGGGUCUAACGUGUCUUAGAUGGCUCCCAUAAUAACAGAUUAUAUUCAAAUUUCUAACUCUCCCUUAAAGUUUACACAUUAGUAAUGAACUACUGAUUUCAGUUUUAGAGCUCAAACACAUUUUCUUGUUGUAAGACAAUGGGGUUUUGUAAUGAGCACUGGACACAUUUAAAUUAUAUUUUGGGGUUCUUUUUUUAAAAAAAAAAAAAGAGGAAAAAAAAAAACUUACUCAUACGAAGCAUUUCAUAAAUGAAUUAUGGUCCCCCUGGAGCUUAAAAAUCAUGGCAAUCUAAUGCCCAAAGUAGCACCAAAUACCUAUUGCCCAGUCUGAAGUGACCCAGUAGUCAAACUUUCUGGUGCUAUGCCUAUCACAAUGGGAAUAAGGUACUGUUUUUAAAGGAUUGUUGCCCCCUAAGUACUUUUAAUUACCUACAAUCACCCUUGGAUAAACUGAAAGAGAAAAUAAAAAUCAAAAGGAUUAAAAGAUGUUUUUCUCAUCAGGUAACUGUUCAGAAACCACAGUAUUUGGGGAGACAAGACAGACAAUUAAAAAUGACAUCAAAAUAAGUUUCUGUGAAAAGUGACCUUAACAAAACAAAGCAAAAGGGAAAAAAGUCACUUAGACAAUAUCUAUGAUAAAAGUAACUUUUAUGAACUUUUUUGAAGCUGACUGUGGCAACAUUUCUGCACAGAUACUUCCAUUAUCAUAAGUAAAAGUUAGAUAUACAAGUACAUAAAGAUAACCAGGUCAGUCUUUUCUUACUAUGAAUUACUUGUUCAAUGAGAAGAUUCUGACAUGACUUCUUAGACACUGGCAGAAAAUAGUUAGAAAACAUUAAGCAGUUCUUCUAAAAAUAUAUCAGGACAAUCUUUUAUUUUGCUGCACUUCAUGGUAAAAGAUAAGAAAUUGAAACUGUUGAAGCAAAUUUUCCCUACUUAGAAUUACAUAGAUUACAUUAAUUACUUCUUUCAAAUUACUACACAUUAGAUUUUUUUUAAAUGAUAUAAAAAUUUCCAGUAAAUAAUGUUGCCACUUCUCUAAUGAAAAGCAAAAAAAAAAAUUGUUCUAAAAUGUGAAACCUAUAGACAGCUACAGGCAAGAGCAUACCUGAUGCUUUGAACUGGUAAUGAAAUCCAAUAGCUAAAACAAUUAUUGAAAAGUUUCUUUCUUUUGAGCACAUUUAAAAUUUUUGGUUUGUUAUUGCUCAAAGUGCAUACAUAAAAGCAAAACAGCUAAAAGCAAACAUCUGCUGCAUUACUAGAGGCAUAUUGCGUAUGAACUAGUCAUAGCAACAUAUCCUUGUAUUGAAGAUUAGGACACAACAUUGGUUUUGUCUGAGGAUUAGCUAGGGGGAUUUUUAAAAGAAUGGCAAUCUGGUUGUGCUAAAUUGUCUCAGAAAACAAUUGCAUAACCCUCUUCAAUUUUGAAUCUGGUCCUAUUUAGGUUUUCUCCCUCCCACCCCCAAUAAUGCAUAAAAUUGAUUUAGAACAAUUAUGUGAUAAUUUUCACAAAUUUAUAUAUCCUGUUCAGAAAAACUGAACCCAUUAACUCUCAUAUGUGCCUCCGUGUGCGUAUGUAUUAUAUACACAAGAGUGAGAACCUGGCCAAGUAGCUUUUGUCUCCCACAAACUAUUAAGUAUUAUAAUCUCUGGAAAGAUUUGUUGGUGCAUUUCUGAGCUCAUUUCAUUCAGUGGUAAAGUGUCCCAUUUAUUUCAAGAGGAGUAGGAUUGGGCCCAUUAUCAUGAGGCAUUCAUAAAAUGUUAUAUAAUUCUCCAUGCUUGUCUUUUACUCUUUUAUCUUGCCUAUGUAAAACAAUGAACUUCCCCUCCAACACCAAUAAAGGAACUCUGGAUGAACCAGUAUACAAAGUGUACUGGGCCAGAUCCUCAGCUGGAAAAAAAUACAGUCCCUAGAGCUACACUAGUUUACACCAGCUGGGGAUCUCAUCCAUUCUUUCCAAAGAAGUCCAAUAGGCUGAAUCUUCGGUAUACACAAGCUGAUUUUGAAGACCGAGCUGAAUAAUAAAAUUACAAAGUUAAACCUUCAACAGUAGGAGAAUACUAAGAUUUAGAAAAGAGGUUAUCAGAUUAAAAAAAAAGAAGAAGAUGAAAAGUCGAGAGCAAGAUAGGAAAUGGAAUAGGUACUAACAGUGUCAAAAUUGUGUGGCGGGACAGAGAAAAAGAGAAGAGCUAGAUAAGAUCAAUAAAUUAUCCAUGAACAUCCCUCCUCCUCCUUUGAGUGACCGGGGCGGGGGAGGGGAGGGAAAUCCAUGUAGCAUACUAUUUCUGCAACUAUUGUAUGGUAAUCACAUUAGCAACUACUGUAUAUACAUUGUAAACCCAUGAACCUUCAGUAUGAUUGCUUUUGAGACAUCCCUAAUGGAUUAAAAUGAUGUAUAUCUAAUAUGUAACAACAGACAGCGUAUUACAUUGAUACUAAUGGCAGCCAUGUAUUGAAGGGAGUAUAUACUUCUUCAGAAGAUUGAAAAGUAUUUCUAAAUUUAUAUAUUUAUAGUUCUGUAUAUUAUAUUUUUAAAAGUAGGAGAAAUCUUAUUGGAAUAUUUCUGGAAUGUCUUUGCUUUAGUAAUGGUACUAAGAACAGAAAUGGUUGAGACAGAAGGGACAAGCUACAGUGAUUUAUUUUGUAACUACUAAACAAUCAUCCAGCAAGUUGUGACUUUUUUCUAGUUAACUACUUGGAGUGCAGUCUUGCCCCACUGAAGUCAACGGGGUCAAGAUUUCUCCCCCCGGAAGACAACUCUACAUUUUUUAUGACAUCCUUAUGGUAACAAUUGCCUGUGUAACAGAGGCCUUUUCAAUCAGCUAAGAAACAUUUAUUUCAGCAAAAGGCACUGUUUAAGCUGCAAACUGCUGACUGGCUACUUUAAAUAAAGUAUUCAUAUUCCAUUGAAUGUAAAAAAUCAUGUAAGAUGACAGAAUUGUCAAGUAAGAUUUUAAGUUGUCUCAUGUCACAUAAUACCAGCUACCCAUUAGUGCCUAUGGAAAAAGAGUCCAAAAUACCAGCAGGCAUGUCAACCAACCACACAAAUCCAAGAACGAUCUCUCAGAGCCAGGGGCUUAUCAGCUAGGAUGAUCUUAGUCUUAAAACUGAUUCUUUUUAUACUGAUAUAGUGCCAGAGAAGGACUACAGAGAGGGGGUGAUAAAACAGCAAAACACACCUAUCCUACACCCAUGGCAAACCAAUGUUGGAAAAAACUUCAAAUAUUAAGGAAAAGAUUGGGAUAGGUAUGCCACAGGUGUGGGUAGGGGGCAGUACAGAGUCAGAGGAAGAGUAGUGAGGAGGUUCCUGCUGAGUUCUGAUAAACUGUUUUCCUAUGCACAAAAAUUUUCAUGGAUUUCAAAAUUAUGUUCUGAUUUGGGACAGGAAAAAGUUAAAUAUUGAGAAGUGUUCAAGAACCAACCCCCUUCCCCCCCAGUAAAAUAAAUUUAAAAAAUCAGUUCAGGUCAGCUGAAAUAUUUUGAUGAUUUCAAUAUGUUUUGUUUCCAUUUUGACCAUUUAAAAACUAUAAUUAGCUGAAUGAAAAAGUCAUUUCAAAUGGUGAAAUUGGAAGUUUUCCUUUCUAAAAGUUUAAAUGUUUCAUUUUGAUAUAUUUCAAGAAAAAAAAUUGGAUUUUUUUUGCAAGUUGAGAAACUGAACCUUUCCCAUGAAAACUUUCAGCUUUGAUGAAUCAGCACUUUCAGGCCAAAACAAAAGUUUCAUUGAAAAAUUCCCCAACCAGCCCUAGUUGUUAUGCCUCAGGCAAAGCUUCUCCUUGCCCCAGAGAUGUUAAUCUGCUGCCCCCAGUGCACUGGCUGUCGUGUCCCUGUGCCCUCCAGAGUGCCAAGACUGCUAACCUAAGAGGCCUUUGGUUAACCACUCAAGGACAGCAGGCUUCUUGCCCACGUAAAGCCCUGUCCCUUCCACACUGUUUGCAAGCCAGCUUGUGUACUCCUGCUUUUUGUGGUUGUGCCAUGUAACUUAAAGUUAGAGGGCCAAAGUAAUGCACUGAGACUAGAGAAAUAAUUUGGGGCCCAAUGUGCAAGACUAGUUACACAGGUAGAAAGAAAUCCAUUCUCAUAGAGCUGAUGGAGGCAUAAUGGAAAAGGAAGCCGUGAUCACGUAGCACGCUCCUCAUGUUCCACAGUGGCACAGGAUCUCCUCCGUGCAUUUGGAGUGCAGUGUGUUGGGGCAAACUACUGACCUUAAAAUAGAUGCUGUAUUCUACAUAUUCACCUUUUAAAUGGCAGAUUCCCAGGAAGAAGUAAAGAGAGUUUAGGCUGCUUAGACCCCAGAGGAAGAGGGAUAAGGCAGAAGUGCAGGAAGAGGAGCCUAUGGCUGUGCGGCUCAGGAGCACUAAGCCAAAGGGUGGGGAAGGACAGAAAACAGCGUAGCAGAAGGACCUUGCUCCUUAGGUGGUUGCCCUGAGAUGCACAAUCUUGGAACUUGCUUUCUUCAGGGGGUUGAAGACUGGAGUUUCCAGCCCACAACAACACCUGUUAAAACCCUCCAUUCUUGAGAAAAAAUGAGAGGAAGCACCAGGAGAUCUGUUUCAGAGUAGCAGCUGUGUUAGUCUGUAUUCACAAAAAGGAAAGGAGUACUUGUGGCACCUUAGAGACUAACAAAUUUAUUUGAGCAUAAGCUUUCAAGAGCUACAGCUCACUUCAUCGGAUGCAUUCAGUGGAAAUGAAUCUGUAUAUCAUUGUAUUCAAACAGCUACAGGCCUCCUCAUUUUUUAAGCAGCUAACUCAUAGUUAAGGUGCUAACUGAAUCACAAGAUGAUCUUCAAAAUAAAGUUGCCACUGAGUUGUGGACAAGAUGUGGAAAAGUAAUAAUGGACCUCUAUGGCUAGUGGUAAUUUGGAAAAGCCAGAUUAGACGUAUUUAAGAGAAAAAAUUGCUGGAACAAUAUAAAACACUCAAGUAUUAUAUUAUGGCAGCUAUUUUUUUAAAUAUAUAUAACCAGACAUUUUGCUGUAACUAUAUUACAUUCAUUUUUUAAAAAAAGUGACUGGUACAAUAUAAAAUUCAGAAGACAAAGUCUUACACAACUGCUGUAGAAAUCAAGUCGUCACUUUAGCCUUUUACAUUUUAUAGGCACUGAAUGUUAGAGCAGUGCUAAUUACAUACUCAAAAUGUACACAAAAUUGUGGACUGUUCAAACCAAGCUAAUUAAAAUCAAAAUUGCAGUGAAAGCCUAGUAUUGCACGAUCUGCAAUAUCACAAAUGUGGGGCCUUACUCAGUUAACCAUAUUCUAAUCUGCUACACUGAGGAAUUUAAGUGCCACAUGCUGGCACAAAUGAAACCUAAACAAAGCAAAUCUCAUGUUGGUUUUAAUAGUUACUUCCAAUAAGAAAACAUUAGUGUUCAUAGUUUCCUGAUGUUUCUAAGAUGGGGGGCAAAAGAAGAAAAUAGAGUCCUUUUUAUUUAUGUUACCUAUUCAAGGGCAGAUUUAAACUAACUCAUUACUAUCACCAUAUUGUAGCUUCAAGGAACCUUGACAGCAGACACCAGUUUUUUAAAUGUGUUGGUGGAAGUCAAACAACUUUGUUUUUCUCUUUUGUGCUAGAUCAGCCGUAUAUGGUCUCUCUCUGAAUUUUCUGACAUGUUUGCCAUCUCUUAGCUCUCUGCUUCUCUCUUUUGUAAUUUUUGCAGCACCUUUCUUGUAGGCUGCUUUAAGAGAAGUCCAGUUUAAAACCCUAGAUAUGCUUCUGUUUAAGCAAUUCAGAUAUGCACUUUAGACUGCAGGAAUGAAGAAAUGCUUCCACUUUGUACCAUGGUAAAUUCCAGAACUACUGUUCGAUAAUGUAGUUGAAACCAAGAUUAAAAGAGUAAAACUCAUACACAGUUCAGAACAGCGAAAGAUAAAGUCUUCCUUAACCCUAGAAGGAUUCAAAUGUAUUCUUUCUAGCAAUAAUUUUGUAGUCGAUGAAAAUGAGUUCAUAUGAUAACCAAGCCCAAUUAAACUUGUUGGAUACAAGAAAGUGAUGCACUCAGUAUUUACAUUUAGCACUUAUUGGCCCUUUAUGUGUAAAUUCUGCUCUUAUGUAGACUAUCGUAGGAGUUAAUCUGAUCUAACAGAGCAGAAUUUGGCCUUAUACCCCUAAACUGCUGAACAAGCUAAUGAAUUCUUACAAUACCCCUGUAAAUUAGCAAAGUAUUUUUAUCUACAUCUUACUGUACAAGAUGCCACAUGAUUUAUAAAGAUAAUUAUGUCAGACAAGUGUAACAUUUUUUAAAAGGCUAAGAUGAAAAAUAUAUUUUAAAAAAAAUCACAAAUUAAACGGCUUGUUAACAAGAAGUAGAUUUUUCAUUUUUGCAAUAGUUAUAGAAAUGGUGCCUUCAGGCAACGCGUUACAUACAGUAGUUCCUGAAAUAUUAUCAGUUUGGCAGGCUUGUGAAAGCAGGUUAGAUUGCUAGAAGCAGUAAGUGUAAUGUUAGAAGAGAAUGUCAGCUCAUCCUGCAUUCUUAAUAUGCUUGAAUAUUAUUGCACUCUUCACUUUCAUCUUUGUGAAAUAUGCAAGAGACAUUUCUUACAUUUGUAUUUUAAAAUGUAUGAUAGAAUGAAUUUAAUAGUUAAAUGGACUAAAGUAAAUAUUGACAUUCCAUGGAUAUGUAAUUGUGAGCUGUAUAUGAAGAAAUUGUGCCAUAAGCUUUCAACAUAAAAUAUUAUAUACAGUAGCUUGUGUGAUAGUGAUCAAAGCCUUUUUAAGAGGCUAAAUCAAUAUAUAUUAAUAUGAGUGUAUUAAUUACUUGUCAAUUUUUAAACAUAUCUUCCUGUGAAUUCUGUCUACAAAAAAGACAAUGGCAGUUUUCAUUUAGAAGUAUUUCUUUUUCGUAAAGUUCUAUAAAGAAGUGACAUGCAUGAAUUUAAUUAAAUUCCUUUGUAUUAUAAAUACCUUAUAUUCAGCACUACAGCUAACAUUCUCUGCAGACAGAGGUGUUAGAACAUGUGCAGUUUAUGGUAUUCAUGUGAUUGUAGAUAUUUUGUUCAAAAACAAAAUAAAGCUAACUUUUUUCAGGA